AUGGAUGGUAAAGGAUCUCAAAAGCGUGAUGGUCGUCGCGGUCGACACCAAGGCUCGGGAUCCUGGCGAAAGAAACCAGAUUCCUCGCAACAAGGUCGUAAGCAAGGCCGCCAGCAAGACAAUCAGCAAGACAAUCAGCAAGCUCCCCGGAAAGGUAAUCAGCAAGGCAAUCAACAAGGCAAUCAACCAACUCUCCAGCAAGACCACCAGCAAGACCACCAUCAAGAUUACCAUCAGGAUUACUACCAGGAAUAUCCGUCAUUCCAGCAGCCGAUCCAGCAGCCGAUCCAGCAGCCGAUCCAGCAGCCGAUCCAGCAGCCGGUUCAACAGCCGAUUCAGCAGCCAGUUCAGCACUUAAACCACGAAUCUAGUCAUGAGUCUAGUUCCCAACCCAGUCCCGGAUCUAGCAGUCAGACCCUCACCGAUGGUAAUCAUGCCACUGUGAGAACUCUCACCGAGGAGGUUGAUGUUCUGAGACACACUGUUGAAUUUGUCGGACAGCGCAACGUCGAGACACUUGCCAAAUUCGAGGCAUUGAAGAGAGAAUUCUCCAGCUUGGUGCAGCAAUAUACCUGCCUCGAGAAUUCAUUCAAACAGAGCGUCGUCAACAUCCCAGGUGGUGAUAAGAUCCUACAGUCUAUGAAAGCAAACGAAGAGCGCAGGCGACGCACAGCCCGCAACUCGGUAACAAUUCCUGUUGCAACCCAUAGUCAGUCUCUGGAUGAGCUUCAACCCGAAGAGAGGCUUUACAUUGAUAACACCAUUGACUUCUGCUUCGAACUCCUCCACCAUCAAGUUCGCGUAACUAAUGAACUACGCCAGGAGCUCGACCUGGCGAUCCAAGAAAACGCCGAGCUUCGUGCUCGCCUCCAGUCUAGCUCUUAG